AUGAAGAGCGUUCUCGCUUUCCUACUCCCGGUUCUAGCCAUGACCGCCCCUUUGGCACCCUCUGGAAUGGGUGAUGCUCCCGACCCAAAAGAAAUUCAGAUCGUCAAAGCUAGCUUCUCGGGAAGUGGUUGCCCCCAGGGUUCUGUUUCAACCACAAUCUCCCCAGAUGGUACUGUUAUCACUUUUGGCUUCGACAGGUUCCAAACCUACAUCGGACCUGGCGUUCACAUAUCCGAGAAGUCAAAGAACUGUGCUUUGCAUCUAAGUCUGAAGUACCCCGGCGGUUUCCAAUUCGCGCUCGUCGAGAGCACGUACCAUGGUUACGCCCAGCUUGAAGAGGGCGUAACUGGUACAUUCUACUCGACCUACUUCUUCUCUCAAGAUGCUGGUGCCACGACGACGACCCAGACUUCCAUCGAUGGUGGCGGUAUAUGGCUUGAUGGCCAGGUAUACACCAAGCAGGAUAGGAUUCCCACCGCGGCACUCAUCUACUCCCCCUGUGGUGCCUCGGGCAUUCUCAAUGUCAACAACCGAAUUGCUCUGACGUCCAAGAAACCCCUAGCAUUCGGUUCCAUCACCGACGACGAUGCGACUGUGGCUUUUACUCAGCAGAUCAAUGUCAAGUGGCUGGCUUGCAAGAAAUAA